UGCUUACUGCGAAUGGUGAAAUCGCACUGUGAAUAUUGUGUAGUCAUUGUGUCGAGCGCGUUCUGGAAUUUUCAGUCAAUUUUAGAAUUAUUAUAAAAAACAGUCACAAAGCAUAUUCAGCAUUUACUUCAUCACAAGCAACUGAGCAACGAAGUUAGUACGUAAUAAUGGAGUUUCCACAUUUGGGCCAACACUGCAACGAACCCACAUGCAACAGAUUAGACUUCCUGCCUGUUAAGUGUGACUCAUGCGAUAAGGUGUUCUGUGCCAGCCACUACAACUACGAACGUCACAAUUGCCCUGGUGCUCACAAGAAGAAUUUUCAAGUGCCCAUAUGUCCGCUGUGCGGAGAGCCUGUGCCCACAGCUCCGGGAGUGGAGCCCGACCUAACGGUUAGCCAGCAUAUAGAUAAGCAAUGCAAAUCGGAUAGCAAAAAAAUCUACACGAAUCGCUGUCAUGCCAAGGGCUGCAAACGCAAAGAGCUGAUACCCGUUCAGUGUUCACAAUGCAAAUUAAACUUUUGUCUACGUCAUCGCCACACCAGUGACCAUGACUGUAAGCCAGUCUCUACUACCUCUACUUCAACUUCAGCUGGCACAUCACAGGGUAUUUUUAAAAUAUUCUCCGAUACGCGUGCAAUGGCAGCGCAGGCAGCUGAAAAGCGACUUCAAAGCAAAGCACAAGUAAAUACCAAAGCUCGGCAAGUGCCUGCAGCCACUACAGCUGUUGCACAACGCACUCAAGUGCAAAAUAUUCAAGGAAAUAUGACUGAAGACGAGGCUCUGGCGCAUGCUCUGGCUUUAUCUAUUAUGGAACAAGAUGACGCAGCUGAAACCAAUCGUCGCGGAGCAACAACGCCAACAACAUCUGCCCAACGCGUUACGACUGUGGGUGGUCGCGAUCCACAGCAAGCAAAUGGGAAAGACAAAUGCUUACUAUCUUAGUGUAAAGAUUCGAAACGGAAACAUAUCCAUCACUUGACCAACAGCCAGCGUGCGCUGCCUCUUGUUAUAUGUUUAGAUAUUUAGGUAAACCAAUUCAUCAUAUUGUUUGUAAUUUAUGUUUAAUGUUGAUAAUUUACUUUGACUUCGUCACAUUCUCUGCAUGCUUAAGGCUGCUCUUAGCAAAUAUAAUUCAAAAUCGAGCCGGUUUCAAAAUAUCUCUUAGCUCGGUUGUAGAAACUGGCUCGAUUGAUUAGCUCUACUUGGGUAGAAUAAACUGUAAUAUACAUGUUGAAUCGCUUUAGCUUUAUAAAUACAUACAUAGGUGA